AAGGUGUGCUGAAUUCGCUCAAACACACCUGGGACAUGGAAGAGAAAGGUUGUUCACAUGGGGAGUAUUUUGUGCAGAGGGAGGUUCUGGAUGAGCCGCGUCUGGAUGAAGUGGCUCAAAAACAGAAGUGGACCAAACCGCUGACCCUGGGGGAACGGCUGAAAGACUCCCUGAGAUGUUCCGUGCCCAGGCUGAAGCACACAAUGGUGAGCUGGGUGCCUGUUCUUGGCUGGCUUCCUCAAUACUCCAUCAGAGAAAAUGCAAUUGGAGACCUGAUCGCUGGCUGCAGUGUGGGCAUCAUGCAUCUGCCGCAGGGUAUGGCGUAUGCUCUUCUGGCUUCUCUCCCCCCUGUGAUUGGCCUGUACACUUCUCUAUACCCUGUGCUGGUCUACUUCAUCUUUGGCACCUCCAGACACCUCUCUAUAGGUACGUUUGCUGUGAUGAGCAUCGUGAUCGGGGGUGUGACAGAAAGGCUUGCACCUGACAGUAACUUUUUCCUAAACGGCACCAACGGUACACAGAGUGUGAAUAUUGAAGCUCGGGAUGCCCUCAGGGUACAGGUAGCAUGUUCCCUCGCAGUCUUGUCAGGGAUCUUUCAGAUCCUGUUUUUUGUGGUGAGGUUUGGUUUCGUGGUCACGUACCUGUCUGAGCCGCUGGUUCGUGGUUACACUACAGGGUCAGCGUGUCAUGUGUUUAUCUCACAGCUCAAGUACCUGUUUGGAGUCACACCAUAUCGAUUCUCAGGUCCUCUCUCCCUUAUCUAUACUCUGGUGGAUAUUUUCCGACUGCUGCCUCAGACCCAGGUGCCGGAGCUGGUGGUCAGCCUGGUUUCGCUCACAUUUCUUAUUGUGGCCAAAGAAAUCAAUGACUGUUACAAACAGAAGCUGCCUCUGCCGAUCCCUGUGGAACUGAUAGUUAUCAUAACAGCAACAGUCAUCAGCCACUUCUGUGGACUUCAGAGAAAAUACAACCUCGAUGUUGUUGGGGAGAUUCCCAGUGGACUCAAGGCCCCUCAAGUUCCAGAUACCUCUUUUUUCUCAGAGAUGAUAGGGGAUGCCUUCACUGUGGCCAUUGUGGGCUACGCCAUCAACAUUUCCCUCGGCAAAACGUUUGGCCUCAAACACGGCUAUAAGGUGGACAGCAACCAGGAGCUGGUUGCUCUGGGUCUUAGUAACACUAUUGGCAGCUUCUUUCAGUGUUACUCUGUGACCUGCUCGCUGUCUCGCAGCCUCAUCCAGGAGAGCACAGGGGGCAAGACACAAGUUGCGGGAGUGAUUUCAUCCAUCAUUGUGCUGAUCACAGUUUUGAAAAUUGGUCCUCUCUUUGAAGAUCUCCCAAAGGCUAUUUUAGCCACAAUAGUGUUUGUGAAUUUGAAAGGGAUGUUUAAGCAGUUCCUCGAUGUGCCGAUGCUGUGGAGGACCAACAAGGUUGAUCUGCUGGUGUGGCUGGUAACAUUAAUAAGCACCAUCCUGCUCAACCUGGACCUGGGUCUGGCUGUCUCCAUUGGCUUUACCAUGCUAACUUUCAUCUUCAGAACACAACGACCCCAUUACUCCAUCUUGGGCCACGUGCCAGGCACCGACUUGUAUCUAGACACAGACGCCUAUGAGAGGACUGAAGAGAUUCCAGGCAUAAAAAUCUUCCGUUCAUCUACAACUAUCUGCUACACAAAUGCUGAGAUGUACUUGGAUGCCCUGCAAGAGAAGAGUGGAAUUGAAAUCAGUAAGCUGCUGACGGCGAAGAAGAAACGAGACGCGGAGCUGAAGCCUAAACAGGAGAAAGAGAAAGCGAAAACAGAGGAAAAGACACAAUGGCAGCAUGAUGCGGUCAGAGACAUGUCCAUUCCUGCUCUCCCUUUGACAGAGUUGACUGAGGCCAAAGUCUCUGCAAGACUAAGUCAGGGGAACGGUGCAGCCGUAACCUCUACAAAUGGCCUUGGUAAAGGACAAGUAAACCAGGCUUACCAACAUGACUCUAUCAUGCUGGACUCAAAUUUAGACACGGGUUGCCACGGUGACAAAAACAUCAACCAGGAAUCGCACGAUGGUGAUGAGGAGAAGGAGGGGCCCUGCGGAUCAGACAUCCACAGCAUCAUCUUGGACAUAUCGACAACCGGCUUUGUGGACACAGUCACUACGAAUACAUUGAAAAAUAUUUUCAGGGACUUCGGGGGCAUUGAUAUAAACAUUUAUCUCGCGGGUUGCCAAGCCUGUGUUGUGGAGCAGCUGGACACUGCAGGUUUCUUCUCAGAGUCCAUCCCGAAGAGCAGGUUGUUUGUCACAGUUCAUGAUGCCGUGCUUCACAUUCUGAAGAAACUGGGGCUGAGGGACUUUAUACUUGACGUUCCCUGCAGCACCCAGAUGUAACCAACAGGGGUCAGAUUGUUCCAACUCUCGCCAUCCUCCCCCUCCUCAAUGGUCCACUCCUCACAAUUGGUCGUCACUGUCUCCUCCCCCUUCAGCGGGGGAGAAUGCACCACCUUGACAUGGCGGCUGGUUGCCAUGGAAAUCCAGGGAGCCGUUUCUGUGGCAACGGGCUUUUUAUGAUAUCGCCUAAUGAGAUAGCCAGCAAUACGUCAUUGCAGCUCUCUCUCUCUACCUCUCUCUCUCUGUGGUUUGUGCAUGAGCCCCAGAGGAGGGGCGGGGGAUGAGUGGGAGAAUGUAACAGACGAAUAGGAGUCUGUAUUUAUAGACUGUGUGAGAGAGUGAGUAAAAGGUUCACUGUGGGGGGGGGACUCAUAUUUGAGAGGUGUUGUUGUGAACAGACGCACCAUGAUCUGUGUGCAUGUGUCAGUCUGUCAGUCCGCUGUGUGGGUUUCUGGAAUCUAUGCAGUUGGCCCUUGUGUUCUGUUUGUUAGGUAAACACACGUCUUCUAACAUAAAUCAAUAGAAUGUAAAUAUUUGUCAUUUAUAAGACUAUGCCCUCUGGGACAAGGAGGGGGGGGUUAAUCCUGUUAUUACCACCUAUUCGCUCCAAACGGCUGCAAGAAAGAGCUGAACUGCAGACACUGUGUAAUAAGUGUCAACAGCGUGGGUGUAUUUACAGUCAGUAAUCACACGUCUGAUUCUUCUGAUAUCUUAAGCUUCCUUCUAUUUUUGGUAUCUGGUCUUGUCUCAUCAACUAUCAUAACUGUCUUGCUUUUGCUGAACAGUGUAUUGUAAUAGACGGUACACAGUACAAGUUCAUAUGUUUUUAAAUGAUAUGGAUGUCCCAUCCAAGUAUAUCUGCAUCAAGCCUUAAAAAGUUUUGUUAUUAUUUUGACUUUUGGGAAAUGCAUUCAGGUGCUUUCGUGGGCAAUUCUGUAAAUCUGAAAAAUGUGCGUUGUUGUAAUGUGUCUCACCACCAGGAAUAAAUUGUCUACCUGCAGAAAAUGCGUCUACAGUAUGUGUGACAGACAUCCUACUCCAAUGUAAACAAGUGCUACAACAGAAACACAUUUCCUUGUGCCUAUUGCUCAUAGACUGAUAACACUUCUAGUGUCACGCUUUAUGAAUAUUUAUCUGUCAAAUGUCUCUUGGAAUUUAUUUUUAUACUGGUGUAACAUAUUUAAUGUGAAUUCUGCACAUAUCCACGUUUGUUUUGUGUAAAUAAAGAUUCACAAAAACAC